AGCUCUUCUUCUUCUCGCCUCCCUCCAAAUCUCUGCAAAACCCUGAAAGCCCUAAUGGCCAUCGCCGGCGAUCCCAAUCUCCACCGAUUCCCUCAGCCCAACCCCGUCGAUGCCGUGCGAUGGAUCCCUGCCUUCUCCUCCCUCCGCCGCUUCGCUGCCGCCGCCGUUCACGACCCCGAUUCAUCCUCCUCUGCCGUUGAGGUACAUGCCCUGAACCCUGGCCCUAACCUCGUUCUUCGUUCCUCCCACCCCAUUCCCUCUCGCAUCUCCGCCCUCCGCUUCUCACUGUCACCCCAGAAGCCUCUCCUAGCCACCGCUGCCACCUCCGCUGGCUCCCUCCACCUACUCUCCAUUGACCCCUUUGAAGGAUCCAUCGAUUCCGAGCUCUCAGUUAGUGACAUUGCGUUCUCUGCCGCCACCGUGGCUGAUGUUGAUGGGCAAAUGGAAGGGAGGGAGUGGGUGAGCGUUGGUGAGGAUGGAAGGGUGAAUCUGGUUGCUGUUGGAGAUGGGAGGUUGGAAUGGAGGAGGGUUUUUGACAGUAUGGGGUUGGUUGAGUAUAGUGCUGUGAAGUGGGGAUCGCCGGCGGAGUUCGCCACUGGUGGGCUAGGGUUUGGUGUGCAGUGGUGGGAUCAGAGGAAGCCUGGUGGAGCAGUGGCCCAGUUCAAGGGAAAUUGGGCAUGCGGAAACACGAUUGGCAUGGUGCAUUCAAUUGAUAUUCAUCCUUCUCGAAAACAUAUAUGUGUGGUUGGAGCUUCUUCCGGAACAGUAUUUGCCUGGGAUCUUCGGUGGCAGCAUCAGCCAAUCCUUCUAUCUGGUGUUGGCAUGGGUGACACAGUUCAACCUACUUCAGAGAGUGAGGUUUGGGAGGUCCGAUAUGAUACCCAUAUACAAUCAUCUAGCAUUGCCACUGGUCCUACAAGGAUUCUGCCUGUUAUGAUGUGUUCAGAAGAUGGAAUUCUUGCAGUUCUUGAACAAGGUGAAGAACCUGUUGAAUUACUGGCUGAGGCUUGCGCUAUCAAUGGCUUUGAUAUAGAUCCUCAAAAUCCAUCUGAUGUGAUUUGCACCUUGGAGUGGGAAAUGAUUGGCAUCUUGCCAAGAUCAAGGGAGACAUCAACUGCAUUUUAAACUUCACAGUUGAAUUGAAAAACCAAGUUCUGUGAUUCAAAGGUUUUGUGAUUCAGUGAAGCUUGUAAAAUCUGUGUUUUUUUUUUCCUCAAUGAAAAACCUUAUGCAAUGUCUAAAUGUCUACAUUUGGAUAGAUCCAUCAAUUAACUUCACAAAGCAGAACCAAACAUGGUCUUGGAUUUGUUGUUAUUUCUGUGUGUUUAAUCUAUGAAGAUGUUCAAUUGUUUCUUGUUAUUGUAGAAAUGAGUUUGUUCUGGACCCUGGUUGAACAUUAUAAUGUAACAAAAUCCUUUUUUUCC